AGCAGCAAAGCAGGGGCUCCCUGACCCGACAAAAAACCCCCACAAAAUUCUGAAAGAAUUUGGCAUAUGAUAUUUCAAAGGGGGGAAAGCAUCAAAGUAGUCAUUGGGAAAGAUUUAUUACACCUACUUACACGGCACUAGAUUUUUCUGUUCUUUUUUUAUUACUUAUCCCACCUGUACCAGGGACCAUCCUGUCAACAUAGAUGGAAAUAAUGGAAAGAAAUCAGAUCCUAUCAAGCUUAGUAAUAAAUUGAUGUUUUAUUAUUAAAGAUUUAUUCUUAUGAGUUAUACAAACUUUGUUUCUUUCCCCUUUCUAAUCUAUAUAUGCAGAAAAACAGAAUACGCUGCGUAAGUUGUUUUGUUUAUUGUUUUUAUUAUGAAUUGCAUAUAGAGAGCGGGGAGAUGCCAUGAUCUUUUCAGCGCUUAGGGCUUCUAAAGGCAGCUUCCGGUGUUACAGUUUUGAUUAAACAAAAAACAAAACAAAACAAUGGGUAAAAUUAAUCACACCAGAAGGAUGGAGAUUGGGCAGUUAAGCAAAAGGCUCCAUAGGUCAGGUGAGUCUGAGGAAUUAUUUGAUUAGGCAGGUGGGAAAGGGGUGGCACCAUCAAGGUCUUCUGCAAGAUAAUUCCAAAUUGGCAAGACAGGGCUGGUGGGAUUGCUUGAGGACGGAAGAAACCUCUGGACUGUGGAACCUGGUGAAGUCUAAGGAGCAAAGGUAAGACUCUAGAGACCAGUGAAGAUAUUGGAAGUGGGGGAGCUAACAGCAGCAUGGCUGAGGACUGAGUGGCUCCAAGUAAGGCUGAAGACUUUGUGCUGGAUACAGGAACAGGCAGGAAGCCAAUGCAGGGUUUGAUUUGAGGAGGCGGGGUUUUCUACAAAGCUGCUCAGGCACAACCUUGAUUGGGUCAGCAAAGAGGAGCACCUGUUUUUGAAAAACUGAAAGUGGGGUUUUCUACAAAGCUGCUCAGGUUCAUUUCCUCAUUUGCAUCCUGAAUUAGAAGAACCAUCUCCUGAAGUGGUCCAGUUUGUGGAAAUAUUGUAGCCAAAGAAGUUUUCUUUAGGAGUCAGGCAAUUGGGUAUAAGCCAGACAUGUCGCCAAUUGCCGUGAAUGAGAUGAUGCAGCUUCUGGGCCGACUAUCUGAUAUAUGGGGAAUGAAGGCUGCCACCAAGCAACCCAAACGAGUUGCCCUUGCGGCAGGUUUGGGGGCCCUGUUUGGGGGCUUGUUGACCGGACCAGUUGGCAUUCCAGUAGGGGGUACAGUUGGUGGCUUGGUCGGCUCCCAGAUGACAGCUGGACAAUUUAAGCCUGCCCGUCAGAUUAUUCGGGAAAUGCCUCCUGCGAAGCAGCAGCAACUGUACAAGAUAGCCUUUCGAGUCAUCCAGGACAUGGAGUGGCCGAACGUGGUGCAGCUCAUGAACCUGAUCAUGGAGGACGUAGCCUUACAAGAGCAACUGAUUGGGGUGGUGAUGGACUAUCUCGCCAAUGAACUCAAAGCCGAAAUCAAGUUCGACAAAACAAAACCUUGACGAAACCAAUCUGUGUGCAUUCAGAAGCGGAUGCCAGAUGAAGAUACCACCAGCCUCACUGGGGAUGUGUGGUGCAGGUCCUAGGCUAAGCAGACACCAAACAUUUAAAGCAUUUGACUUUCCCCAAAAUAAUCCUGGGAACUGUAGCUUUUAAAAGGUUGCUGGG